UCAUGGCCAUCAAGUUUUGGUGUGCCGGUCUAUUAUUGAUUGGUCCUUUAGCCUGAGAAGAGAGGCAAGUUGUUCCAGGACCCCUCGUCGCUCUUUUCCAUUGUGGGGGCCCGUGUUCCAAAAUCAAGCCUCAGAUCAGACAUGACAUUUUCUAACCCAAGAUUGGCUUUCAAGUGCAUGAAUCGAACCCGAUCAUAACCCUCGAUCCUGUUGCAACCACUUUGCGGAAGUACACCCAUGCAUAUAUAUUAACCGAUUGUUCUUCAUUGUUGUUUCAUAGUUGUCUAGUUCAAUUCACCGGUUCAUUAUGGUUCCCGUCCGGAUCUCAAUCGUCCUCGUCUUAGUUGCUUUCUUGUCCGCCACUGCCCAAGGAUCUACUCCCGACAACCCAAAUCACAUCAAGUCCAGUCCCAAGAAAGAGGAACGGGCUGCGGCUAAAUUGCCACCCUGUGCCGCUUGUGCCGCCCUCGUGGGGUCGUUCGAAAAGGGAAUGGAGCGAACGGCCCGUGGAAAAUUCGAAGGCGGAGAUGCGGCUUGGGAAGAAAAGAACCAAGGCAAAGGAUACGCCUCCAGUGAGGUCAGAUUCGUAGAAAUCCAGGAGAGGAUCUGCAAAGAUUUGGAACGCGGCGAAACCCAAUGUCAUGAUAACCAUCACUCUUGGGAAGAUCAUUUGGAGACCUGGUGGAAGAUCCAACCCAUGGAGACCCGGGCCCCCUUAAAAGAUUGGCUGUGUAUUGAGACACUGAAGGCGUGUUGCCCAGAGGAACAUUUUGGAGCCGAUUGUGAGCCUUGCUUCAUGAAAGACAAGGACGGCGUGAUUUGUUCCGGGAACGGCAAAUGCAAGGGCUCGGGCACACGUAAAGGCAACGGCAAAUGCGCCUGUGAUAGGGGCUACGGCGGGGAGCUCUGCGAGAAAUGCGCCGUGGGCUUCUACGAAUCCUACAAGGAUGAGGACAAGGCUCUCUGCUCACCGUGCCACAAGAGCUGCCUCGGCCAUUGCACCGGAUCGGGUCCCAAGAAUUGUGCCGCUUGCAAGGGCGGCUACACCAUGGACAAAGAGCAUGGAUGCACAGACAUUGACGAAUGCCUCCUCAGCCAGCCCUGCACGGGCAACAAGUUCUGCGUGAACACGGAGGGCACAUUCCAAUGUUUGCGGUGCGACAAGGCGUGCAAUGGAUGCGAAGGGGAUGGGCCAGACUCGUGUCUGGUCUGUGCCGAAGGUUUUGUCAAGAACAAAGAUGGCUUGUGCAUCACGGAGCAGACCGCGGGUAGGAUAUUCACGAUCUCGAAUACCAGGUUUUUCACCUAUAUUGGUCUGGGUGUGGCGGCUUGCAUAAUCUUUCAAAGGUCCGUUGUGGUGGCCGGGAUCUUGGGUUUGGUGAUUGCGGUGUACAUCACGAUUUCAGAGUAUUACUUGCAGAACGCGUCGGGCGAGUUGAAACCGAUAUUAUGAAUCAAAUGACGCCUCUGAGCCUGGCAAAACCGAAUUAUAGGACUUGGGGUGAUUGUUAUCUUGAGCUUAUUUCCAUUUUAUUCGUUUUGUUCACAUGACUAUCCGACAAUUUGUUAUCAAGAGACCAGUGAGAGAUGACUGGUUAUUAGAAUUCCCGUUGAUCACCUCUUUGUGCACGCGUCGUAUCAUUUCUCUGGAAAAGAGACAAGUCGCAGAAGGUUUAGACCAUCUUUUCAUCCUUUGUUAAAAUUUGAAAAUAAUUCAUACAGAAUAAAGGAAACAUUUGUA